AUGACUCACAACGCGUGUCACAAUAUUGACGGACGUUGCCUUCCUCCUCAGCAACUCCACGCAAGUCAUGGUCACCCCACUCGGCAAGGUAGCUCGUCUACAUCCACCCACCAGCACCCAUACAGCAACCCCGCCUUGCUCCCUCCUGGUGUGAUUCACCAACUUCCUGGUUUCCAGACAUACCACUACACCCCACAAGCAGUGAUGGAAAACAAUGUACCCACAAAUGCGUUGUCUGGAGCUCCGGUAGUCCGCUCUGUGGAAUACCUUCCUCGUCAACCAGAAUACUCGAGCAGAUCACUGCUCACUGAACCACCCCUCACCUUCGCAGUGAGGGGAAUACCCGGUCCCUACUUGCACCAACUUUCGGCUGGCAAGGUGGUUGUUGAUAAUCCCCAUGAGCCUAUACUUAUCAACAAAUGGCUUGGCAGGACUCAGAUGACAUUCGAUUUUCCUGGGCUCCGGACACGCCCGAUUUGGAGAGUCGACAUCGUUGUAGGUCCAGAGAAGCGUCCUAUAACUCGUCAAGAGUUUGGGAUGGAAGUCGCGUCUCGGAUCAUGAUGGCUAUUGGCGAGGCGAGGAUAGAGCCGCAGGGUCAGACAAGAGGAAAGUACGCUCAGAAUCUCUCUCCUGGAGAGGAGAAAUGGCGUCUCGACAAGAUUAAGUACCACCACCUGAGGUUGAUCUCAAUGAACUAUUACGGGAAGUACUGGGUCCCGGUACUAGCAAUUGACAAGUAGAUGUAUGUAUAAUAUAACGGACAUUUAGUACCCUAGACAACCCCAGCUUUCGAUUACGAGUACUCAUUCGGCACCGAAUUCCUCUAGUAUUUGCCGUAUUUGAGUCGCGAUAGACUGGAUUGUCAGUCUAUGUAACCUUCCACUGUCAAAAGGAUGUUUGUACUUCAAUCAGGGGAACGUGCUCAUGGACUACGAUAUAACUUGGGCAAGCUGCACGUAUCGUCAGGCAGGGAAAAGUUUGAGACUUCGUUGUCAUUGUCUGAAUAUAGUACCUGCCCUUCUGUUCAUCCCGGAAUCAAUAGUGAGACCGUAGCUCUGUCAUUAGUACCAAAGCACGAAGUCCAAUCUAUCCAGCACGACUACAAAAGCAAGGAUCGAUGGCGCAUAUCAACUUGACUUUCUCUUUCUUCGUCUAUUAUUCGAGUCAGACCAUCACGAAGAUUCGAGAUGAAAGUGACGAACGAGUCCGAGUCCCACGUACAGGGAAAAUGUAUUGGCAUGAUACUAGACAAAGUUCAACAAGAAUGAAUCAGGGUAUGAUAUUGAAGGGUACAGAAGAAUUGCUUGAUCAUUGCGGGUCGGGCUAACAUAGACAUGGUUCGCCGAUUGAGUGGAAAAGGUGGGGACCGAAGGGUGAUGAUGGAUGUCGGAGGAAAAGAGAAAAUGCUG